GUUUGAUUACGAUUAGGAAUUUUAAUAAAUGAGAAAUCUAAUUACAGAAGUACAAAGAGGGCCGUAGCAAAGGAAAUCUUUUAAAGCAAUAGCAAUUAAAAAGGCUAAAAAAAAUAAAACGGAAAAUUAUAAUUUUAAAUACUCAACCAUUUCUCUUUAUAGUUUCCUUAUAAAACAAAAACAAAAACCAUUCCAUCAAUUUCUCAUCCUUGUUGUUUUCUUCUUCUUCUUCUUCCUCUUCUUUUAUGUUCAUCGCCGUCGAAGUUUCUCCGGUAAUGGAAGACAUCACACGGCAGAGCAAAAAAACUUCGGUUGAGAAUGAAACCGGCGAUGAUCAGUCAGCAACAUCAGUAGUCCUUAAAGCUAAACGCAAACGCCGAUCGCAACCACGAGACGCUCCACCCCAACGUAGCUCCGUCCAUAGAGGCGUCACAAGGCAUCGAUGGACUGGAAGGUACGAAGCACAUUUGUGGGAUAAGAAUAGUUGGAACGAAACUCAGACCAAGAAAGGAAGACAAGGUCAGUCUAUACAUACACACAUAUCUAUAUAUCUUUAUGAGUUAUUAAAGAUAUUGUCGUUUUGAUCUUCAACUCCGAUUUCUCCGGGGAAUGAGUUCGUCGUUACUGUUCUUGAUUUGAAAAUUAAUUAUAUCUUAUUUUGUAUUUUUUGUUCUUGUUGGUUAAUAUGUUUUUUUUUUUGGUUUUGCUGACGAUGCUGACCGGAAUAAUGGCUGACUCAUCACGUGCAGUAUAUUUAGGGGCAUAUGACGAGGAAGAUGCAGCAGCACGUGCCUACGACUUAGCAGCAUUGAAAUAUUGGGGACGAGACACCAUCUUGAACUUCCCUUUGUGUAAUUAUGAAGAAGACAUCAAAGAAAUGGAAAGCCAGUCAAAGGAAGAGUAUAUUGGAUCUUUGAGAAGAAAAAGUAGUGGGUUUUCACGAGGUGUAUCAAAAUACAGAGGCGUUGCAAAGCAUCACCACAAUGGGAGAUGGGAAGCUCGAAUCGGAAGAGUGUUUGGCAAUAAAUAUUUAUACCUUGGAACUUACGCGACGCAAGAAGAAGCAGCUAUAGCGUACGAUAUCGCAGCUAUCGAGUACCGUGGACUCAACGCCGUUACUAACUUCGACAUCAGCCGUUAUCUGAAACUCCCGGUGCCGGAGAACCCUAUCGAUACCGCGAAUAAUCUCCUCGAGAGUCCGCAUUCUGAUCUUAGCCCAUUUAUAAAACCUAACCACGAGUCUGACUUAUCACAGAGUCAAUCUUCGUCAGAGGACAACGAUGAUCGGAAAACAAAGCUCUUGAAGUCGUCACCUUUAGUGGCAGAGGAGGUAAUCGGACCAUCGACGCCACCUGAGAUUGCUCCGCCUCGUCGGAGCUUCCCGGAAGAUAUCCAGACGUAUUUCGGGUGUCAAAACUCCGGCAAGUUAACGGCGGAGGAAGAUGAUGUUAUCUUCGGUGAUUUAGAUUCUUUCCUUACGCCUGAUUUCUACAGCGAGUUAAAUGAUUGCUAAAGUGUUGUUCUUCUGAUAAGUUUUGUUUUUUAGUUGUUCAGAAUCUCGGUUGUGAAAAUCAACAUUGACACAUCGAUUAUUCUUUCUUGUGACAAUCUUAUAUAAUAAAGUUUGAAUCUUUUUAACA